CCAGGUAUCAAGAUGGCGGCCUAGGGCCACGCGUGCGCUCUAGGUUCCCCUCGCCCAGCCUCUCCGGACCCGGAGCUCGAUUCGCGUUGCCGAGCGCCGGUUGUCUUCCACUAGGGUGGUGGUCGCGGCCGCUGACUGUCGCGCGUCAUGCAGAUUUUGUGCUGGUGGCAAAUACUGCUUUGGGUGCUGGGACUUCCGGCCCGCGGCCUGGAGGUUGCAGGGGAAAGUGGUCACGUGUGGCGGGAGGAGCAGCCUGGCCGUGUUCUCCAGUUUGGGGCUGUGCACCUGCAUGAAGAAGAACCUGUGCGAGUCCUGCGAGACCAGGCGAGGUUGGCACAGCCAAUGGAGGCCUCGCGGGGGCUGGGUCCCCGCAAGGAUCCCAUGGUGGUGCUGUCUGUGAUCCCUGGAGCAGCAGAGGACAAACCCACCUCCGAGGCGCGCGGCGGCACCUGCGGUGUGAGGGGAGAGGAGGACCCGCACUGUGGCCAAGAGAACCUCUUUGGGCUGCAUGGCACUGGAGCCUUCCCUGACCGGGAAGAGGAAUACUACGCGGAGCCAGGGGCUGAGGCAGAGCCUGCCACCCCAGACGAUGCCAACAGCACCGAUAGCCUCAAGUCCCCCAAGGUGAACUGUGAGGAGAGGAAUGUGACCGGACUAGAAAAUUUCACCUUGAAGAUUUUAAAUAUGUCUCAGGACCUUAUGGAUUUUCUGAACCCAAAUGGGAGUGACUGUACACUGGUCCUCUUCUACACCCCAUGGUGCCGGUUUUCUGCCAGCCUGGCCCCUCAUUUUAACUCUCUACCCCGGGCGUUUCCAACUCUUGGCUUUUUGGCACUGGAUGCAUCACAGCACAGCAGCCUUUCUACCAGAUUUGGCACUGUAGCUGUCCCAAACAUUUUGUUAUUUCAAGGAGCUAAACCAAUGGCGAGAUUUAAUCAUACAGAUCGAACACUGGAAACACUGAAAAUUUUCAUUUUUAAUCAGACAGGUAUAGAAGCCAAGAAAAAUGUGGUGGUAACUCAAGCUGACCAGAUGGGCCCUCUUCCCAGCACUUUGAUAAAGACUGUGGAUUGGUUGCUUGUAUUUUCCUUAUUCUUUUUAAUCAGUUUUAUUAUGUAUGCUACCAUCCGGACUGAGAGUAUUCGGUGGCUAAUUCCAGGACAAGAGCAGGAGCAUGCAGAGUAGUGAUGGAGCUAAAGAAGUUGAAAGGAGGAGGAAUUUCAACCCUUUAUUUCAGAAACUAGUACCAUAAUCUCUUGCAUUUUCUCCAGCAGUACUGACCACAGCAUAAGUCAGAUUAAAGAAUCAUGCAUUUGCUGAACUACUGAGUAAAAAAAUUACAGACCUGUUUUUAACUAGUAUGAUAAUAAGCAGAUGCAAAAGUAUUCAUUAGAAGUCACUGUUCUUGUUUUUUUUUUUUUUUUUUGAGACAGGGUCUCCCUGUAGCCCUAGCAGGCCUGGAACUUGCUAUAUAGAACAGGCUGGCCUCCAUCGCAGAGAUUCUCCUGUCUAUCUCCUGAGUGCUGGGAUUAACAGUGUGUGCUACCACACCCUACUCCACUGUUCUUGCUUUUAAUAUUUGAAUAUGGUCCGGUAUUUUAAGAGCAAUGCAGUUUGAAAUUUAAAGACAUGUAGAAUACUCAGGAUAUGGAUGCAGGUUAGCAUACAGAGACCAGAAAGAAGAAUUUCAGAUUAGUUAUAAAACUCUUGAUUACUCUUGUGUAUUAAGAACAUUGGUUUUAGCAUGGUGGCACACGCCUUUAAUCCCAGCACUCGGGAGGCAGAGGCAGGCGGAUCUCUGUGAGUUCAAGGCCAGCCUGGUCUACAUAGUGAGUUCCAGGACAGCUGGGGCUACAGGGAGACCCUGUCUCAAAAAGACCAAAAAAAAAAAAGGGGGGGGGAUUGGUUUUUCUGUUGGUUUAGUGUUGUUAAGCAGGGAAGUGUUCCUUUAUGAGAAAAAUGACUAGAACGGAUAAGUGUGGCCCUAUAAGUAGCAACUGAUGAAAAAUAAAAGUCAAAUGCUUCUCA